AUGGCACCCCAACUCGAUGGCUACUUCAAGCAGGUCGACGACAUGUCCGAUGCCUUCAUCGAGCGUCUCCGUCAGGCCAUUGCCAUUCCUUCCAUCUCGUCCGAAGCCGCCCGUCGUCCCGAUGUCGUCCGCAUGGGCCACUGGCUCGCCGAUGAGCUGAACAAGCUUGGUGCCCAGGCCGAGCUUCGUCCUCUGGGCAAGCAGCAGGGAACCGACCUCGACCUUCCCCCCGUCGUCCUCGCCCGCUACGGAAGUGACAAGAACAAGCGCACCAUUUUGGUCUAUGGCCAUUAUGACGUCCAGCCGGCCGAGAAGGAGGAUGGCUGGGAGACGGAGCCCUUUGAGCUGACUGUCAAGGAGGAUGGCCGCAUGCUGGGGCGUGGCUCAACGGACGACAAGGGCCCUGUGCUUGGCUGGCUGAACGCUAUCGAGGCUCACAAGGCCGCCGGCAUCGAGUUCCCCGUCAACCUUCUUAUGUGCUUCGAGGGUAUGGAGGAGUAUGGUUCCGACGGUUUGGACGAUCUGAUCAACGCCGAGGCCAAGAAGUACUUUGCCGAUGCCGACGCCGUCUGCAUCAGCGACAACUACUGGCUCGGAACCGAGCGCCCUUGCCUCACAUACGGCCUUCGUGGGUGCAACUACUACAGUGUUGAAGUCUCCGGACCCGGCGCUGAUCUUCACAGCGGUGUCUUUGGUGGCACAGCCCAGGAGCCCAUGACCGACUUGGUGCGUAUCCUGGGCUCGCUCGUGGACACGGAUGGCAAGAUUCAGAUUCCUGGCAUUGCUGAGCAAGUUGCCCCCCUUACUGCCGAGGAGGACGGUCUCUACGAUGGCAUCUCGUUCACCAUGGAGACCCUCUAUGAGUCUCUGGGUAGCAAGACGACCAUUUUCGAUGACAAAAAGAAGACGCUCAUGGCCCGCUGGCGCAACCCUUCGCUCUCUAUCCACGGUGUCGAGGGUGCCUUCUCUGCUCCUGGUGCCAAGACGGUCAUUCCCGCCAAGGUCAUUGGCAAGUUCUCCAUCCGCACGGUGCCCAACAUGGAGAUCGAGAAGACCAACGAGUGUGUGGCCAAGUACGUCGAGGAUGUCUUCAAGAAGCUUGGUUCCAAGAACACAAUGAAGGUGUAUCCCCAGCACUGCGGCAACUGGUGGGUGGCCAGCCCCAAGCACUGGAACUUUUCGGCUGCUGCCAAAGCUACCGAGCGGGUGUGGGGCGUUCAGCCCGAUUUCACUCGCGAGGGCGGCUCUAUUCCGGUGACGCUCACUUUUGAGCAGGCUACUGGCAAGAAUGUGCUUCUUUUGCCAAUGGGUAGCUCGACGGAUGGUGCCCAUUCCAUCAACGAGAAGCUCGACAAGCGGAACUAUAUUGAGGGCAUCAAGCUUCUGGGCGCAUACCUGCACUAUGUUGCCGAGGAGCCUCAAAACUAG